UAAAAAUAGCAGAGGACUGAGGAGAAUGAAAAACUGCACAGAAACAAAAGAAGAAACCGUUUUAAAAGCUACAGCAGUGACUUCUAUCAUGGACCCGUUAGCCAUUGUCUUCCUGUGACAUCCUUGUCUCGUCCAUGAACACCAAAUCUCAACUUUUGUGGUGUUUGCCAUGGCUGCUACUGUGAACUUGGAACUUGAUCCCAUUUUUCUGAAAGCACUAGGUUUCUUACACUCAAAGAGUAAAGAUUCUGCUGAAAAACUAAAAGCGCUGCUUGAUGAGUCUUUGGCUCGGGGCAUUGAUUCAAGUUAUCGUCCAACUCAAAAGGAUGUGGAACCACCCAAAAUUUCAAGCACAAAAUCUAUUUCUAUCAAACAAGAGCCCAAAACAUCAUCUAGUCUCCCUUCCGGCAGUAGUAAUGGCAAAACCCUCACAACCGAGAAGAUAAAGAAAGACGCUGAGAAGAGACCUGCUGAUAAAAUGAAAGAUGUCACUGAAGGAGUUGAUAUUCCUAAGAAACCUAGAUUGGAGAAACCAGAGACCCGAUCUUCUCCCAUUACCGUCCAAACCAGCAAGGAUUUAGCUAUGGCUGACCUCUCCAGCUUCGAGGAGACUAGUGCUGAUGAUUUUGCGAUGGAGAUGGGCUUGGCCUGUGUUGUUUGUAGACAAAUGACAGUGGCAUCUGGAAAUCAGCUAGUAGAAUGUCAGGAGUGCCAUAACCUCUACCACCAGGAUUGCCAUAAACCCCAAGUGACAGACAAAGAAGUGAAUGACCCUCGCCUGGUGUGGUACUGUGCCCGGUGCACCAGACAAAUGAAGAGAAUGGCUCAGAAAACUCAGAAGCCACCACAGAAGCCAGCUCCCACUGUUGUGUCUGUCGCUCCAGCUGUCAAGGAUCCCUUAGUGAAGAAAGCAGACACCAAACUUAAACAAGAGACAGCCUUCCUAGCAUUCAAGAGAACAGAAGUUAAGCCACCCACGGUUAUAUCAGGAAAUUCUUCUGGUAACAACGUGUCCUCUUCAGUAACUAGUGGCCUAACUGGAUGGGCAGCUUUUGCAGCCAAAACAUCUUCGGCUGGACCAUCAACAGCAAAGUUGAAUUCAACAGCGCAAAACAACAGCGGAAAACCUGCUGCCUCAUCAGCUACCCAGAAGCCUGUGGGUUUGACUAGUCUGGCAACAUCUUCCAAAGGUGGAAUCGGGUCCAAAAUGGGCUCUGGUAACUGCUCUUCCCCCACUGUACCAUUAAAACCACUUCCACCUCUAACCUUAGGCAAGACUGGCCUGAGUCGCUCAGUUAGCUGUGAUAAUGUCAGCAAAGUGGGCCUUCCCAGUCCCAGUAGUUUAGUUCCUGGAGGCAGUGGGCAGUUGAGUGGGAAUGGAAAUAGUGCUACUUCGGGGCCCAGCGGAAGCGCCACAAGCAAAACCACAUCAGAACCCAGCAGCAGUGCCUCAGCGUCUCUUAAAGGCCCAACUUCACAGGAAUCACAACUCAACGCUAUGAAGCGAUUGCAGAUGGUCAAGAAGAAAGCUGCCCAAAAGAAACUCAAGAAGUAGUAUGGCGAGAUAGGUUUUUAUAUCAAUUAUUGCUCUAAAGAUUAAAAAAAAUCCUUAUUGGGACAAAAAGAUAUAAUAUACUGUAACUUAAUAAAAAUCUUGAUGAUCAAAUCUCUAUUGUUUGUUACAUUAAAAUGCUAAUAAUAUUUAGCCAAACUUGAAACCAUUUA